AUGGAGGAGAGAAAUGGUCUGGAACUCACCCAGGGUCAUGACCUUGAGCUUUCAGUCCUGGACCCACAUCAACUGGAUGAUGUCCCAGGGUCCGCCAUCAACGUGUGGAGCCUGUGUGACCAGCACCAGCAUCAUCUGGGAACGGGCAGAAAUGCAAAUUCUCAGUUCCACCACAGUCCUGGGAAGAUCAAAAGAAAUAUUAUGCCCCUAACAUUACAGAGAAAACGUCGAGAAGUUCAGGUAACCAAGGCCAAGCGGAAAUGUGGUGUACGUUCUGCACUCCCUGUAAGGCUCACCAGCUGCAUCUUCCAGAAGCCGUUGACUAGAAUAACUUCCCAUCCUGGAAAUAAAGUCAGACGAUGUAUAUUUGAGGAGCGGUUGGAGAAGCCCCAGCAAAUCAGUGCCUAUAAUAGACUGCAGGCACUCCAGGCCUGCAGCAGUGGAGGAGACCUUUUAAGUCCAUUUAAUUUUGCAAAUGCAUUAGAUAUAAUUGCAAUGAGAAUUCCAGGUGAAUCUCUGAGCCAAAGUGGUAGUGGAGGUUUGCACUCUGAACCCCAGUCCACCCGCGUCCAGUCUUCAAAUUGGGCAGAGAGGAUCCCAAGAAGGGAUCUUCAUCUCCCGCCGUCCUUGCACAGCCGAGAGAUAACUUAUGCAGACAUCCGUAGACAGAUGCGGAAAGUAAAGAAAGCAAGGGAGAGACUGGCAGAGGCCUUGAGGGCGGACAGGCUGGCCAGCGAGGCAGAGAGAAUGAGGAGCCAAAUGAAGACCUGA